AAACCCAUUCACGGUGUUGAUGCCAUUCCCAUUCCCUUCCUCUAACAAUGAGCAGUAUUCAGACGAAAAGAAAUUUUGCAGUGGUCAAUAAUGAAGAUAAUUGGAGUGUGGAUGAAGAGUCUUGCUUGAGAUCCCUUCUGGACAUAUAUAUAGAAGAUCUUUCACCUGGACAUAUAUACAAAGGACUACUAGUUCUUAUUAGUCUCAAGUCAUUGAUUGAUCUAUUUUUUUGGAGGUACAACUUGUAUGGAUAUUGGCCUGCAGAAUUUGGCAUGGAUUCAACUGGAAAUGAAUUGGCUUUGGUAUCAAUGGAACAUCCAAGGUCCUCUGUAUCAAUUACAGGAGGCCCAACCCUGUUAAAUGGUCAUUCAACAGUUCAUAAAUUUUUGUGUUGUGACACAGUGGCUUAUUAAU